GAUUAUAUCAGGAUCUGAUAAUAAAACUAUCAAACUCUGGGAUGCCCAGACCGGCGCGGAGCUGCAAACCCUAGAGGGCCAUUCUAAUUAGGUUAACUUAGUGGCCUUCUCACCGGACGGCCAGAGGAUUAUAUCAGAAUCUGGUAAUUAUACUAUCAAACUCUAGGAUGCCCAGACCAGUACAAAGCUGCGAAUCCUUAAGGGCCAUUCUGGCUUGGUUUAGUCAGUGGCCUUCUCACCAGACAGCUAGAGGAUCAUGUCCGGAUCAGGCAAUAACACCAUUAAGCUCUGGGAUGCCCAGACCGGUGCGGAGCUGCGAACCCUCGAGGGCCAUUCUGGCUCAGUUUGGUCAGUGCCCUUUCCUCCGGCCGUGGCCUUCUCACCGGACGGCCGGAGGAUCAUGUCCGGAUCGGUCGAUAACACCAUCAAGCUCUGGGAUGCCCAGACCGGGGCGGAGCUGCGAACCCUCGAGGGCCAUUCUCAUUGGGUUGAUUCAGUGGCCUCAGGUGAUACCCAUAUAGAGCACAACCAAGGCUCCCAGAUAUCAGUUGAGAACUCCUGGGUCUAUUAGAGAGGUAAAAACAUAAUAUAGCUUCCUCCUGAAUUUCGUGGACAUAGAUAUCAUACUACCAAACAUAAUAUACUUGCCCUUGGGUAUCCGACCGGUCAUAUUCUUAUUAUUAGAUUUCGUGCACCUUCCGAUUGAAUCUGUUUUUAAUAACACAAUCCAAUCUCCUUAUAUUUC